AUGCAGGUGUCUCUCGGAGAUCGCAUCCUCAUACUGGUCCCUAGAUCUCUCCUGGGCUCUGGCAUUGAAAUCCUGGGAGGGCAGGGCCACUCAGCUCUUGUCCUGGAACAGGGCGGUUUCCCGAGCGGUCUCAAGGAGUGCAUCGCCCUCGAGCAGGGAUUCUUCUAUGGAUCUGUCCCAGAGAUCGCUGGCCAAGAAGAGGUCUACGGGGAGGAGGCAGACGCCGAGUUCCUGCUGGCUGGGAUGGAUGCUGCAGCCAGCUCAGUUACUGGGCUCCUUCUCUCCGCUGGAAGGGCGUCCGACCCCGAACUGUUGGGUCUAGUCCCAGAGCCCUCGCCUUGGGGCCCCAACACUAGUCCAGAGAGACGCUCUCCUCACCACGACGACAACCUGGACCUCCAUCUUCCGGAGCCCUUCCCCGACUCACCACUCCAACCUCUACCUCCCUCUCCUUGUCCAGGUCCUCACGAGCGCCCCCAACGCCCUCUUGGUACUCCGUGCAAGACCUAG